AUGGCUAUAGAACAUCCAGCUCCAAUAAAGGAUGACAUAGAUUUCAACCAUUUGCCCUUACUUUCGCCGACUUUGACCCCAUCGACAAGUACUUCGAUUCCACAAACACCCCCAAUAGUUUCUGAAAAGGCUAGGGAAAAGUUGCCGGAAUUACCUGUUGUGAAGUGCAUUGCAAGGGCGAGAAUCCCGACGACCCAAGGGCCAGAGAUAUUUUUGCAUCUCUAUGAGAAUAACAUCGACAGCAAGGAGCAUUUAGCUAUUGUUUUUGGAGAGGAUAUAAGAUCAAAGUCGUUGUUUGCACGGCGACCAAAUGAGACCCAGCAGGACAGGAUGACCAGAGGUGCGUACGUGGGGAAGCUCUUCCCAGGAAGAACUCUAGCCGAUAGUGAUGGUCAGAAUACUUUACGAUUUGAUGAACAAGGGAAUCUUAUUAUAGAACCCAAAACUAGUUUUUGUGACUCUUGUUUAGUAAGAAUCCACUCUGAAUGUUAUACAGGCGAGACAGCAUGGUCUGCUCGUUGUGAUUGUGGAGAGCAGUUUGACGAGGCGGGAAGAAUAAUGGGGGAAGUUGGUCAUGGCUGUAUCGUUUACUUAAGACAAGAAGGAAGAGGCAUUGGUUUGGGUGAGAAGUUGAAAGCAUAUAACUUGCAGGACUUGGGUGCUGAUACGGUUCAGGCCAAUCUUAUGUUAAGGCAUCCUGCUGAUGGCAGGUCUUUCUCGUUAGCCACUGCUAUUUUAGUUGAUUUAGGUCUCACACAUGUCAAUUUGCUUACAAAUAACCCUGAUAAGAUUGCUGCAGUAGAGGGUAAACAUAGAGAAGUGAAGGUCAUAGAGAGAGUCCCCAUGAUCCCAUUGGCUUGGACCACAGAGAAUGGUAUCAAAUCGAAAGAAAUUGAAGGCUAUUUGCGCACCAAAGUCGAGAGAAUGGGCCACUUACUUGAAAAGCCUAUUACGAUAUAA